GGCAAGGACAUACGGUCGAGCCAUUAGUCGAAAACUAUAAACGCUCGACGCGAAAUCGUCUCCGGGUCUCCGUCUCCGUAACCAAAAACCGCCAACUGUGUUUCACACGUUACGUUGCGAGCCGAAACGCACAACAGUUUAUUUAUUAUCAAAAAGUAUAUGUUGAUAAUUUUUUUUUUUGGUUUUUGGUUAAAUUUCGGCAUCCUAAAAGCCUCACAGUUCAAAAAAAAAAAACUGAACACUAUUCCAAAGGAAUCCCACAACGCAUCGCCACGCCAAGCAUUGAAUUGCAUUUUUUUUCAAGUGCCAGUCGAAAGCGAGUAAAAGCAAAAGUGACCACCAAUGGCCGCCAAGCAGUGCAGUAAAUAAGCGACCACCGAGCAGCAAAGGGAAAUCCGCCCAAGAAAGGCGAUAUCCACCUAAAGCAAGCGCAGAGAAGCGCCAGAGAACCAAGAGCACCAGCAGCAGGAGGAGGAACCACUACCACCUGGGCACAAACAGCGCAGCUACAGCUACACCGCCAUGCUAGCCGAUUCGUACCUGAUCAAGUUUGUGCUGCGCCAGCUGCAGGUGCAGCAGGAUGGCGAUGCCCAGCACCUGCUGAUGGUCUUCCUGGGCCUGCUGGCCCUGGUCAGCCUGCUCCAGUGGCUGGUGAGGAACUACCGGGAGCUGCGCAAGCUGCCGCCGGGUCCCUGGGGCCUGCCCGUCAUCGGUUACCUGCUGUUCAUGGGGAACGAGAAGCACACGCGCUUCAUGGAGCUGGCCAAGCAGUACGGAUCGCUCUUCUCCACGCGGCUGGGCAGCCAGCUGACCGUCGUGAUGAGCGACUACAAGAUGAUCCGCGAGUGCUUCCGGCGCGAGGAGUUCACCGGACGCCCGGACACUCCCUUCAUGCAGACGCUGAACGGAUAUGGCAUUAUCAACAGCACUGGCAAGCUGUGGAAGGAUCAGCGCCGCUUUCUGCACGACAAGCUCCGCCAGUUCGGGAUGACCUACAUGGGCAACGGCAAGCAGCAGAUGCAGAAGCGAAUCAUGACGGAAGUGCACGAGUUCAUCGGCCACCUGCAUGCCAGCGAUGGCCAGCCCGUGGACAUGUCACCCGUCAUCUCGGUGGCCGUCAGCAAUGUGAUCUGCAGCCUGAUGAUGAGCACCCGGUUCAGCAUCGACGAUCCCAAGUUCCGGCGCUUCAACUUCCUCAUCGAGGAGGGCAUGCGGCUGUUCGGCGAGAUCCACACGGUCGACUACAUACCCACCAUGCAGUGCUUCCCCAGCAUCUCGACGGCCAAGAACAAGAUCGCCCAGAAUCGCGCCGAGAUGCAGCGGUUCUACCAGGACGUGAUCGAUGACCACAAGCGCAGCUUCGAUCCCAACAACAUCCGCGACCUGGUCGACUUCUAUCUCUGCGAGAUCGAGAAGGCCAAGGCCGAGGGCACGGAUGCCGAGCUCUUCGAUGGCAAGAAUCACGAGGAGCAACUGGUACAGGUGAUCAUUGAUCUGUUCUCCGCCGGUAUGGAAACCAUCAAGACCACCCUGCUGUGGAUCAACGUGUUCAUGCUGCGCAAUCCCAAGGAGAUGCGCCGCGUCCAGGACGAACUGGACCAGGUUGUCGGUCGCCAUCGCCUGCCCACCAUUGAGGAUCUGCAGUACCUGCCCAUUACCGAGUCCACCAUUCUGGAGUCGAUGCGCCGUUCCAGCAUCGUUCCCUUGGCCACCACUCACUCGCCCACAAGGGAUGUGGAACUCAAUGGGUACACCAUACCGGCCGGCUCGCAUGUCAUCCCGCUGAUCAAUAGCGUCCACAUGGAUCCCAAUCUGUGGGAGAAGCCCGAGGAAUUCCGCCCCUCGCGAUUCAUCGACACCGAGGGCAAGGUGCGCAAGCCGGAAUACUUCAUACCCUUCGGAGUGGGCAGGCGGAUGUGCCUGGGCGACGUGCUGGCGCGGAUGGAGCUCUUCCUGUUCUUCGCCUCCUUCAUGCACUGCUUCGACAUCGCCCUGCCCGAGGGUCAGCCGCUGCCCAGUCUCAAGGGCAACGUGGGCGCCACCAUCACGCCGGAGUCGUUCAAGGUCUGCCUCAAGCGCCGCCCCCUGGCGCCCACCGCCGCCGAUCCGCACCACAUGCGCAACGUUGGCGCCAACUGAUGUGGAUCUGGUCCGCUCCAGAGCACGGUUUUGUUCCUACACAAAUGCUAGAAAGCAAAAAAAAAAAACACAAGAGAAAAUCGAAUGGUGGUAAUGGGAGGCCAUUUCACUUCUGGCCUCCCAUCGCGAGCUAUCCAUUUAGCGAUAAGUUAGUAGUUAUCCGCCCGUGGGAGGAGCACAUCCGGAUCCCGGCUAGAGCCGGGCCGGACAAGGAGCAGAGCAGCCGGAAGCUGUGACCAACACACAGAGGACUGCAACCAAUUCUAUUCUUUCACCCCCAAGAAGCUGUGUUCAACUAAUUGUAAUUAAAUCCUAGUUAAUACGCCCUAGUUAGGUUCGAUUAUAGAUACUGCUAAUGUCAAUGUUUUUAUAGUUAUUAAGUAAUAUUAUUACUACCGCUAAUGCUAGGAUACCGCUAUGUCUACAGCCAGCAGGCCGAUUAAGUUUAGUUAGCUAACGUUCUUGUUUAUCCGUAGUAUUAGUGCUAGCUUAAUGUCCAAACAACAAACAACAAAACAAACUGUGGUUUAGUCUUACAAGCACACAUCAAAAUAGGCAAACGAUUCGAAAAUAAAGAAAAAUUUUUGAAAAAACCUUGAAAA